AGUGUGAACUGCUCUACUGUUGUGUGUAUGCAUGUAUAGUAAAUGCUAGUAACACACAAAAAGACCAUUCUGUUUAUAUACGUCACUCAAACAUAACAAUAAUAAGAACGGAGCGAGACGGAGAAAUAAAGACAAGAGACGACACACACAAAAAACUUCAUCCUCCAUUUUGAUUUUUUUUUUUCCACAAAGCAGUUCUUCUCGGUACUGUCUCUAUUCGUAGGAAUCAUUGUUAGUAAAUUGGCUAAAUUAGUGUUUAUUGAACGAAAAGUGUGGUAGAAAUUAAAUGUUUUUAAGUUUGUAAACUUAGACCAAAGGUUUCGAUUGGAUUUUGUGUGAAUGCCUAAUGUCAGCAUUAUCAAAUUUAUAUUUGGGUGAAUCGAGUGAAGCGACUAUUUACUACAAACGACCAUACAGUCGCUCUGAAUUGGACGAAGACGAGAGUGCUCCGAAACACGACAGAAUGGAUGACGAAAAUAAUCAAGAUCGUGAACGAUUUGCCAGUCGCGAAAAUCAUUGCGAAAUCGAGAGAAGGCGACGCAAUAAAAUGACUGCUUAUAUCACCGAACUAUCGGAUAUGGUGCCAACAUGCAGUGCAUUGGCACGUAAGCCAGACAAAUUGACGAUUCUACGUAUGGCUGUGGCUCACAUGAAAGCAUUGCGUGGAACAGGCAACACAAGCAGCGAUGGCACCUAUAAACCAUCAUUUUUAACCGAUCAAGAGCUAAAACAUCUGAUUUUAGAGGCAGCUGAUGGAUUUCUGUUUGUUGUAUCGUGCGAUGAAGGUCGAAUUAUUUAUGUAUCCGAUUCGGUGACACCAGUUUUAAAUCAUUCGCAAAAUGAUUGGUUCAACACAUGCUUCUUUGAUCAAAUUCAUCCGGACGAUCGUGAUAAGGUGCGUGAGCAAUUGUCAACGCAAGAGCCACAGAGCAGUGGUCGUAUUUUGGAUUUGAAGUCGGGCACUGUGAAGAAAGAGGGUCAUCAAUCAUCGAUGCGCUUGAUGAUGGGAUCACGGCGUGGUUUUAUUUGUCGUAUGCGUGUUGGAAAUUGCCAUUCCGAAAGCCACUUGAAUCGCCUGAAGCAGAAAAACUCGCUCGGACCAGCCGGAAAUGAUGGUAUCAGUUAUGCCGUUGUUCAUUGCACUGGUUAUAUCAAGAAUUGGCCACCAACUGAUAUGUUCCCCGGUGGUCAUGGUCCACAAGACGAUGGAAUGCAUUCGCACUGCUGUUUGGUGGCCAUUGGUCGUUUGCAAGUGUCAUCCACUGCAAAUUCGGCUGAUUUAUCGGCCAACAAUCCAACUGAGUUCAUUUCAAGGCAUGCAAUUGACGGAAAAUUCACAUUCGUUGAUCAACGUGUGAAAAAUGUAUUGGAAUACAUACCAACCGAUUUGCUGGGCAAGAGUUGCUAUGACUUUUUCCAUCCGGAUGAUCAAGCGCACAUGAAAGAGAGCUUCGAUCAAGUGUUGAAACAAAAAGGUCAACAUUUCUCGCUGAUGUAUCGCUUCCGGUCGAAAAAAUGCAACUGGGUUUGGAUUCGAACACAAGCCUAUGCAUUCAUGAAUCCAUACUCGGACGAAGUGGAGUAUAUUGUGUGCAACAAUAGUUCGGGCAAAACGAUGCACCCGCUGGCAACUGGUAAUACUACACCAGACAAUGAACAACCGUAUAAUCCAUCGGCACCAGCACCUGGAAUCGAUUACACACUGCAACAGCAGCAACAACAACAGCCCGGAGGCAAUAAUGUCUACAACGCACAUGGAAUGAUGUCACACAUGUCACCGCAAGCGAAUGUUGUUCGACCGAACAGUGAACAAAAUCCAGUUGGCUAUGGAUAUGAAGCCACUCAAUCGCCGAUUGCGUACGGAGCAAAUGCGUCUCAACAACGACAACCAGUUUCUGAAGGUUUUCAAUAUCAAGUGAGCCCGUCACGCUCACCAAAUGCACCACCAACCUAUACACAAUUGAGCGGAUCACGUGCUCCACAACCACCGCAACCACAUCAAAAUUAUCAUGCAAACCAACCGAAUCCAGCAAUGUGGGGCUGGCAAACAAAUCAAGCGGAACAAGGCCCUGUUCCAGUGGUCACCUCAGCCGGACCGGCUCAUCCAACCAAUGCUGGCAAUGGGAACAGCGGUGAACUCACCGAAAUGCUCACCAUGCUCGAUCAGAGCGGCGGCACCUCAUUUGAAGACCUUAACAUCAACAUGUUUACAACACCAUUUGAAUAAGUAUAUAAAAAUCAAUUCCAAGCUUUUUAUGUUUAUUUUUUAUGAUCUUGAGCUAACUUUUUUAUUAAAUUUUACUGAUAAGAACCCUGUGCAUCGUGUAUGUGUGUUUUCGAUAUUAUUAUACAUUUGGCUUUAUUCUCAUUUUUUUUCGGAACACGUUCGGUUUAAAUAGAUAAGGUUCAAAAUUACAAAGAAAACAAAUAGUUAGUUUAAAGGCAGCUGGUCGCGUGUUUUAUCAGUGUUUCAAUUUGCCGUUUUUCUCCUGACCAAAAAACAAACGUUUUCUUUUUCAGAUAACCAUUCAACUUAUAAGAAAGCUAGAGAAAUUUAUACAUCGAAUAUUUUAGACUUAAUUUUCCAAAAUAAACUUCAGAACUAAUCUACAAUUUAUAUUUGAUUUUAUUGAUAAAAUGAUUUGGAUAGAAGUGAUAGAGAAAAAAAAAAAUGGUCAAAAAGACUAUAUCAAAAUUUGCUGAAUGAUAUUCUCUUCGAAACGAGAAUAAAGUAUCGAAUUGACCACAUUUGGUUAAUGGGCUUAUGAGGCGAACAAUUUGUAUUUCAGCUAAUAGAUUAUAUCAUUAUAUUUACACCACAGAGAAAAACAAAAUCACAAAUGAACAUAUUUUCAUUUAAGUUUAAGUACAGACAUUUUUAUUAUUUCUUUCUUUUUUUCUUCCUUUUCUUCUAUUCUUCGUUCUUCUUAUUUUUUUUCCCCUCAUUUAAUUCAUAGUUAUCUUUUUCCUUCAAUCUAAGGUUCAUAUUAACAUGCAAUACACAUUUUAUUUGAAUAAAUCAGUUUGUUCGUAGAAUUAAAUGCGAUUGUUUUUAUUUCGGCCGUAUCUCAACACGUAAUGAUAUAUUUAUAUACAAAAAAAAAACUGGACUUAUCUACACCACGCAUUUUUAUUUUGUAAAACUUUUGGAGGCCUCGAAAAUCUAAUAUAAAUUUAUUUUCUAGCAUUUAAGAAUCUAUUUGUAUUCUAAACAUUACUGAUCAAAACCAAUCAAACGUUUUUUGUUUUGUUCUAUCUUAUUUGGAAUAAAUCACGAAUGAAAUCUCUCUGCAACAAA